UAUUGCUUUUGUCUUCAUUUUAUAGAUAAGCAAAUGGAUACUUGAGAUUUUUUCCCCCUUAAGGUCCUAUAAAUAAUAAAUAGAACUAAAUCUAAACUAAGACUCAAAAAACCUGAGCAGUUUACAUCGUCCAUCGCUAAAUUUACCACAAGGCCUGGACUCCAUCCUCCUUUCCAUAUAAAAAUGAUAUAAGGAAAAGGGAGGCAGCUGGAAAAUACAUUUCUUAAAGAAUGUAACCUUUCUUGGUUAUAGGAGAAUGUAACAAUAUCCAGCCAGAUAUUUCUUUCCAUUGGGUGUUUUCCUUUCGGGUAUUUUACUUGGGGCCCCUCACCCUGGUGUAGGUGUUUAAACAAGGCCCUGUAAAACUAAUCUGUAUAAGACAGAUAGGCUGGUGGGAGCGGUCUAGCCACCCCUGAGCUAAGAUGACUUCCUCUGAGCCAGUGGUAGAAGCCAGGUGGGGAGCAGAGGACAGGAUGGCUGCUGUUGUCUAUGUCCUGCCGCCCUUUGCCCUUUUAUCUCCUGCCUGUCAGCAUUUCCCAAAGCCAGAGAGGCCUUUAGCUCCCAGCAGCUUGGUUAGAGAGCCAGCCAUGCAUAAGGGCCCUCUGCCUAUCCUGCCCUACUUUCCUUAGAGGCCCGUCCUGGCGCUGGUGAAGUUUUGCUUUGUGAACAGGAAGACCCUUCCAAACGCUUGCACAGCAUCUGUAUCACUAGCCUGAAAAAUAACAAUCAGAAGACUUCUCACGAAUUGGGGCGUAUAAAAAUCCAAGACAGAGAGUGUCGAAAAUGUCACCCCCAGAUGUAGUGCGCGUAUGCCCCCAUGAACGGCUGCCCCUCACUGCCGCGCACUCCAGAGCACCUUUCCUGCGCUGGGCCCCACCUGCCCGGUCGCCUCCACCCGUAGCGGCCCCUCGGGGGCGGACUCCUGCAGCCCAGCCCCGUGCGAUUCGUCACUCCUGCGGAACUUUCCCCUCAAAAUCCCUCCCGCAGCCAGACGCCCGCCCCGGGAGGUUCUGAUCUCAGAGGCUUCCUCCCACUGCGUCCCGCCCGCGCACAUCACACUGGUCUGGGAGCCUCGCAGCCUCACGUCCAUGUCCGUGGCGGUGGCGCCUGCGGCUGUGCACCCCGACAGCAUGCUCUCCGAGGCGGAGGAGCCCAGGGAAGUGGCUACAGAUGUCUUUAAUUCCAAAAACCUGGCCGUUCAGGCACAAAAGAAGAUCCUGGGUAAAAUGGUAUCCAAAUCCAUCGCCACCACCCUGAUCGAUGACACCAGCAGCGAGGUCCUGGAUGAGCUGUACAGGGUGACCAAGGAGUACACCCAGAACAAGAAGGAGGCAGAGAAGGUCAUCAAGAACCUCAUCAAGACGGUCAUCAAGCUGGCCGUUCUCCACAGGAACAAUCAGUUCAACCAAGACGAGCUGGCCUUGAUGGAGAAGUUCAAGAGAAAGGUGCAUCAGCUGGCCAUGACGGUGGUGAGCUUUCACCAGGUAGAGUACACCUUUGACCGCAACGUGCUGUCCAGGCUGCUGAACGAGUGCCGAGAGCUCCUGCAUGACAUCAUUCAGCGCCACCUUACCGCCAAGUCUCACGGACGGGUUAAUAACGUCUUUGAUCAUUUUUCAGAUUGUGAUUUUUUGGCUGCCUUGUAUAAUCCCUUUGGAAAAUUUAAACCUCACUUACAGAAACUUUGUGACGGCAUCAACAAAAUGUUGGAUGAAGAGAACAUAUGAGCUCGUGAGAGAAGACCGUGACCAGCAGCGAUUUUUGUGACGUGGAGCACUGCUGACUCAUAAAGGGAAGACGGAGAAUCUUUUAGAGAUCGCAUGUUUUUCAGAAAGGCUUGGCCCCAUACAGCCUGUUGUUGUUGGACAUUCAUAGUAGAACUCCUGUGUGGCUUGUUGUAUUUGAAAGAAAGAAAAAAAGCAUAUUGCUAAAAAAUCUGGCUGAAAACACCUUAAUGAAUGGCAGGAUGUGGGAAAAAUGGAUGGUUGGUCAUUCAGGUGUCAAGUGAUACAAAGACAGAUGAGUGUGGCCCCAAGCGCUGGCACUUGCUGUGUUUUAGGGGAAUCGGAUUGGUGGCACAUUGGAUAUUUCUAAUAUGUAUUAAAGCUGUGUAUCUUGACUCACCUUUAUCCUUUGCUAUGUCUGCGUAUCUCUCUUAAAAUGCCAAGAACCUCUCUUUGCUAUCAUCGAUCCUUUUGAAACAAUUUUGCUUCUUUAGUUACAGGUUGUCAUUGACCUUUAGGAAUUAGAUCUGAGGGGUUGGGGAUUUAGCUCAGUGGUAGAGCGCUCAAGGCCCUGGGUUCGGUCCCCAGCUCCGAAAAAAAGAAAAAAAAAAAAAGGAAUUAAAUCUGAGGCAGUCAAACUGAAUGCUCAGGAAAGCAGAAAACUGCAUCUGAAAUCAUGACCGUGGAAAUGAGCAAUCUUAACAUCGUGAGCAAUGUCCAUUGCAAGUGUGCUUUUGAAGCUGAGUUCUACUUUUUAGUACCAUCAGUGAGACUUAGAGUCUCAAAACCAGUGGCAUGGCAUUGCCUUGAAAUACUUGCUUAGGGCCUAACUUUGAUGUCAUCUUGAACAGAUGCUCACAUGUUCCUGUAUUAACAUCCAUUUUACCCAUAGGAAGAAUAAAUUCCUAGAUUGGCUUUGCUAUUGAGACAACAUGUAAGUAGCAUUUCAGAAAUAAAAAGAAAAACUUCUUGAGUUUAAAGAUGAACUCAUCAGGUUGAUUUAGGGGGGGGAAGGAUAAAAAGGAUGUUGCGAAGUAAUGUAAGAAAGAUACGUGCAUUUCAGUGUGAAUGGGGAUUGAUGAAUAAAAGACGCCAUUUUUUAUUUAA